GGGUGAGACGAGAGGAGGAGGAGAGACUGACGGACUGGCAGGAAUUCCUCAGCGCUCCUCAAAUUUCUUGAAAUCUCGGCAAUUCUGCUCGACUGCGUCCCGACAGAUAUCCGGACCAGCACCCCUUUUCCGAGCAGAUUUCCCAAGCCGAAUAUAAAAUGAUGUUCCGAAGUGUGGCUGUGCUCCUUCUGCUCUCCGUAGCUCUGUACAACGCGGAGGAGGUGCAGACCAAGAGCAAAGUGUGUGCUAAUGUGUUCUGCGGGGCCGGCAGGGAGUGCGCUGUCAAUGAGAAGGGGGAGCCCAGCUGUCUGUGCAUAGAGAGCUGUAAGCCCCACAAGAGGUCAGUAUGUGGCAGCAAUGGUAAGACCUACAGGAAUCACUGUGAGCUCCACAGAGAUGCUUGUCUGACUGGCCUGAAGAUCCAAGUGGCACACGACGGAAACUGCAAGGAAAAGAAAACAGAACAGGCUGCUGCCAGUCCAGUGGUUUGCUAUGCUGCUGACCGCAACGAGUUAAGAUCUCGUGUGAUCCAGUGGCUGCAAACUGAGAUUAUCCCAGAUGGCUGGUUUGUCAAGGGUUCCAACUUCUCUGACAUCCUGCUCAAAUACUUCAAGUCAUAUGACAGUGGUGAUUCUCAGCUGGACUCCUCAGAGCUGCUCAAAUUCAUCCAGCACAACGAGUCAGUUGUGGAGUUGCAGUCCUAUGCAGACCAGGAGAGCAACAACCUGCUCCGGAGCCUGUGUGUUGAUGCCCUCAUUGAGCUCUCCGAUGAGAAUGCCGACUGGAAGCUGAGCUUUGAUGAGUUUCUUAACUGCCUGAAGCCUGGCUUCAAUCCACCAGAGAAGAAAUGUGCCUUGGAGGAUGAAACAUAUGAGGAUGGAGCAGAGACCCAGGUGGAGUGCAAUCGCUGCGUUUGUGCAUGCGGCAACUGGGUCUGCACCGCCAUGACGUGCACUGAUAACCAGCCAGCUGUGGAUGACUUAGCAGAUGCUGGAGUGGAGAUGACUGAGGAGGAGUGGAACCUCCGUGUGGCCGAGCUCAACAAGCACCAGGAGACAGUGGAGAAGAUGAAGGCCAGCACAAAGGAGGCCUAAGUCGGGAUGCAAUGAAAGAAGAGGGUGCACGCCAUCAUCCUUCUUCCAUACUUGAUUUAACUCACUUUAUUAUGUUUCUCUGCUCUGUUAAUUAUUAUCCUUUUUUUUUUUUUUUUACAUUUUUAAGUGUUUGUGUUGAUGUUUGUUAGUUUCAAUCAAAGCGUAUCAGUGGAUUCCCUUGUGUUGAGUACUGUCAUGUUUGAUUGUAUUACUGCACCCCUACUCUAGCCUCGGGGUUGCUUUUUGUUUUAUGUUUUUUUUACUACAAUCCUUAUAUUUUUGCAGUUAUUACGAAAAGAAAACUGUCGAGUUAUCACUGUUUUGGAAUAUGGAAGUCACUGUUUGAAAAGGUAGUGAGGUUGAGGGUUGUUUAAAUAUAGGCGCUGAGUACACAGAAAACUGACUGCUUGGCGCCUCGUACAACCUCUUGUCAGAAUGUUGCAUAACAAGGUAGAGCUACUAGUGCUUUUUAAAAUUUUGUUGCCUGUAGAACUGCCACAGUAGGCCACUACCUGACCAUUGCACUUCUCUUUCAUUCUCUUUAGCUUUCUUAGGCUUUAGUUCAACCACAACCAUGAAUUUAUUUGUAUCUUACGGCUAAAAUAAUAACAUUGCUGCCAAAAGAAAGUUUGCUUCUUUAUACAUUAUGUUAUUGGCUUGAGUUGGAGUUCAUCUUGUUCCCAUGUUAUACUUAGUAAAGUCUCUCUGGUGCUUUUUUUCCUUUUUGUGAGGGAUUAAACAUUUCCCUCUAUGUGUGUCUUACUUUUCCGAGACGUAGUGGUCCAGCUUUCGUUGAGACCUGAUCUGAAUAUAGCAUGGUGAAACCUGAAACCAAAGUCUAGAUGAAGUGUUUGAAUGAUGUACAAAAUUAUCCAGGUAAGCCAUUACUCUGGACCCAGCAACAACACUAUACCUGUGCUUUCAAUAUCACUCUUAACAGAAGGACUAGCCUCACUGUCAGUGGAAGUAGCUUAGGCGCGUCGAUAACCUGGUGCAUAUGAAAUGUGUGCGUGUGUGUCUGUGUGCGUGUGUGCGAUUUUCAAUUAUGACGCUGAGAGUAGCUCGGUUUGUUUAUUGUGUUCAUUUGUUGAAAUCCUGCAUCUGAAUUGGGAUGUCUAAACACCAGAAAUCAGUGCCUUAGACCUGCAAACUUUACAGGUCGCUACCAUUACCUGCACAUAGGAAUUUUUUUUUUUGCCAUGUGGCAUUUCAAGAACAAGUGUGCUUUGAUGAAGAUGGCAUCAAACUAGUGCUUUGUGACUCUAUUUCCUAUGUGUGUGAAAUUUGCAUUACUACGUUGAAGCUGAAUCUUUAUAUUUCACUAAAAGUGCAGAGACUAAGGAAUAUGUAUGCCAAUAAAGCCCAUUCACCACAACA